AUGUCUCAGGAUCGACCUUGUAAACGCUGCAUCAAGCGAAACAUCGGCCAUCUGUGUCAUGAUGAACCAAGAGAAGGGCAUGGCUAUCACAAAAAGUCCAAGACCGACUCAGACACUGCUGGGGCAGACGAGCAGUCUCCUCCACGGGAUGAUUUUUCCACGGCUCCAAGCUUGCCAGGUCCCGCCUUGGUAGACGACUCUACUCCUAACCUACUGCAGGAUGACAAUAUUGGACUGAAACCAUCGACAAAUGACACCAUGGCUGUCUCUAAUCCGAGUGCUGCAGCUCCAAGUGCCGGCGCCAACGGUAAUACUCACACUCAUUUCGGGUAUAAUGAUCCAUGGGCCGGAGUCCAAGGUCGUUUUCAUGACAUGCAUGCCUUCCAUCCAAACUACAUGUUCAACGCAAACGAAGUCACCGACGAAUUCAACCUUUUGAACGAUUUCCUCAGCAACAGUCUAUUUGAAGAGACAGGAAUGUAUUCCACCGAGGAAUUCCAGGGUCCUUUCAACGACCCUUCUUUCAUGAACUCUAUGGCUGCUUCUUCUUUCCCGGCCGCAGGGGCUGAAUCCCUACUUUCCCAGGAGCAUACCAAUAACCCACAGGCCACAAACCAGAACAACGCGACCCACGCGGCUCUGAUAUCUAGACCACCGAGUGUGAAGCCGAUAUCGGACAAAGCGCGAGAAAAAUACUACAUGAUGGCGGCAGAUCCAACGGGUGCUGAACCGCCUGAAGAACGCAUGCAGAAGCUACUCAAGGCAAAGUACGAUGCGGGAAUGCUACGGCCCUUCAACUACGUGAACGGAUACGCCAGGCUCAACAAGUACAUGGAGAAGAACAUGAAGCCACAUUCCCGUCACAAGAUCUUGAUGCAGUUGGACCAGUUCCGACCGAAAUUUAGAGAGAGAAUGCAGAGCCUAACAGAUAUUGAGCUGGUGCUGGUGGAGAUGUGGUUUGAGAGGAGUCUAAUGGAGUAUGAUAGAAUUUUCGCCAGCAUGGCCAUUCCGGCCUGCUGCUGGAGAAGGACGGGUGAGAUUUUUAGGGGGAACAAGGAAAUGGCGGAACUGAUACAGGUACCCAUCGAAUCACUUCGUGAUGGCAAACUUGCCAUACACGAGAUCAUCGUCGAAGAUCAGCUGGUCAGUUACUGGGAGAAGUUCUGUGCCAUCUGCUUCGACCAACAGCAAAAGGCUAUGCUCACGAGCUGUACUCUGCGCAGCCCCGCAGCAGGCGCUGAUACUGUGGACAUCCACUGCUGCUUCUCCUUCACAAUCCGGAGAGAUAAUCACAAUAUACCCUCACUGAUUGUGGGCAAUUUCUUGCCCAUGAGUCCUGGAAAACGUUGA